AUGGGACAGUCCAAGCAAUCGCCGGUUCGGCCAGUCAUUCUCCAUGCCAACAAUCUCCAAAACACGCCAGCAGAAUCGUUUAAUGACACAUCACGAGGUGACGUUACGUGGCACACGCUCUUCUCUCGGCCAAGAACUCCAACGAGUGACCUUAGUGCAGGCCUGGCUGUUUGCCCACCUAGGACAGGCCAUCUCUGCCGGCAUCGCCAUUCACAAGCCGAAAUAUAUUACAUAAUUGAGGGUUCAGGGCACGUUUUAAUCGAUGGAGAAACAUACCGGGUAUCAAAAGGCAGUACUGUUUUCAUUCCUUCGGACGCCGAACAUGGAGUGAUCAAUAGUGGACAACAGCCAUUGAAAUGGUUUUACGUAUUUCCGACAGAUUCUUUCGAAGAUAUCGUAUACAGAUUCUCAAAGGACAAAGAUCCCAAAGCCAAACUAUGA